GGGGGCUCCUCCUCCUGCCCUCACUAGCUCUCUGCUAUGGGGCUAGGAGCGGGCGGAGAGGUUUAUCUCUGCUGCGGCCGGUCUGCGAGCCAUGCACUCGGGGAACAGCACGGGCACGACCAGCCGCCCGGAGCCCGCGGCGGCAGAGCAAGAGGUGCCGGGCGAGCGGCCUCUCUUCAGCGCCAGCACUUACGAGCUGCUGGCGCUGCUCGUCGCCACCAUAGGCGUGCUGGGCUUGUGCAACAACUUGCUGGUGCUGGUGCUCUACUACAAGUUCAAGCGGCUUCGCACGCCCACCAACCUCUUCCUCGUCAACAUCAGCCUCAGCGACCUGCUGGUGUCUGUCUUCGGGGUGAGCCUUACCUUCAUGUCCUGCUUGAGGAGCCGCUGGGUGUGGGACGCUGCCGGCUGCGUCUGGGACGGCUUCAGCAACAGCCUCUUCGGAAUUGUUUCAAUUAUGACUCUCACUGUUCUUGCCUAUGAACGCUACAUUCGAGUAGUUCAUGCUAAAGUGAUUGACUUCUCUUGGUCUUGGCGGGCUAUCACAUACAUCUGGCUCUACUCAUUAGCCUGGACUGGAGCACCUCUUUUGGGCUGGAACAGAUACACACUGGAAAUUCAUGGAUUAGGUUGCUCCGUUGACUGGAAGUCAAAAGACCCCAAUGAUACCUCCUUUGUAAUCCUUUUUUUCCUUGGGUGUCUAGUAGCACCUGUGGGGAUCAUGGCCUAUUGCUAUGGCCAUAUUGUCUAUGCAGUAAGAAUGCUUCGCUGUGUGGAAGAUUUCCAGACUGUUCAAGUGGUCAAACUUCUAAAAUAUGAAAAGAAAGUGGCUAAAAUGUGUUUCUUAAUGAUCUCCACGUUUCUUAUUUGUUGGAUGCCCUAUGCAGUGGUUUCCCUCCUGGUAACGUAUGGCUAUAGCAACCUUGUAACUCCAACAGUAGCCAUCAUCCCAUCUUUCUUUGCGAAGUCAAGCACUGCUUAUAAUCCAGUCAUCUAUAUCUUCAUGAGUAGAAAGUUUAGACGGUGCCUCUUACAACUCCUGUGCUUCCGCCUGAUGAGAUUCCCGAGGACCAUGAAAGAGACGCCAGUGACAGGGAAUGAUAAACCAGUACGGCCGAUAGUUAUGUCUCAGAAAGCAGGAGACAGGCCAAAGAAGAAAGUGACUUUCAGCUCUUCCUCUAUAAUUUUUAUCAUCACCAGUGAUGAAACUCGGCAAAUAGAUGACAACAGCAAACAUGAUGAGACAAAAGUAAAUGUCAUUCAAGUAAAGCCACUAUAGGGAUGAGUUAAAGAGAUGUGAGAAUGAGAUGGACUUCAGCCAGUAGACUGUUUAGGUUGGAAACCAGUUUUAGUGGCAAUGCCUGUGGACUGCCAAGGGAAACCUCAUUCUUAAGCUGUGAAAUACUGAAGGGAUUCUGCAUCUAAGGCUCUGCAGGCAAUUCAGUUUUGAUCACAGUACUGAAAUCUCUUCAUCUGUGCCAAAAUUGCUGAUGGAUGUCUUUACUAUUCAUUUUCUUAAAGCAUAUUGUAGGACUUCUAUUCAGGAGAUCUUGGUCAGGCUGGAGGAAUGCACAGACAGAAAUGUUACAAAGUUCAGCAAGGGCAAGUGCAGAGUCCUGCGCUUGGGAAGGAAGAACAAUUCUGUAGCACAGCAGGCCAAGCCCUGGCUGCCUGGGAUGCAGCUCUGUGGAAAAGGAUGUGGAGUCCUGUUACACGAGGACGUGAGCCUGCAGUGUGCCCUGGUAGCAAGGAAGGGUAGCAGCACCUUAGGCUGUACUGACAGUAUUGGAGCCAGUAGUCUGAAGUAAUUAUGUCCUUGAUUCAGUCUUCAGUGGACCAUAUCUACAUUACUGCAUCGACUUUUGGGACCCCAAAGCAAGACAGAUAUCUGUAAACUGGGGUGAGUUCAGUGGAGUCCCCGAAGAUUGUCAGGGGUUGUAGUACCUUGCCUUGUGAGGAGAGGCUGGGGGUACUCCUCUUUACCAGCGUGGAGAUGGAGCAUCCUCACAGGAACCUAAUAUCAGCCUUCCAAUAGAGAUGGGGAGGUUUUCAACAAGAUGGAGCAAGGCUCUUCAGGGCAAUUCAUAGUGGAAGUAUCACAGACAAUGAGCAUGAACUGAAAUAAGAGAUUUGGGUGAGUAAUAAGGAAAAGGUUUUUCACCCAAGAAUAGCCAAACAAUGGAACAAGUCAUACUAGAGGCUUCCCAAGGUUCCUUUAGUAUGGUGUUAUAAGGGAAGAAGGAGGAAGAAUGUUUGAGGUUUCCUACAGUUCAGUUGGUCUGAAUUGGUGCUUUGCAGUGUAGGGGGUGAGAAAAGUGAUGUCAUCAAUGACUGGGACUACAGUUAAACCAAAAGGCCUGAGAAAGCUGUCCUCUGUGCCCAGCAAGCCAUUCUCUUGGUGCUAUCUGGUAGGACCCAUGAGAUACAUAGUGAAGAAAAUCCUGCCAAUCAAAGCAUCAAUGAAAAAAGGUCAGUGAAAAGGGAGACUUGGUUUGGGUUUUGUUUUUUGUUUUUGUUUUUGUUUUUCAGUUAUUACUAUUAUGUGCUUUAUGCAUCUGUAUCUUACAUCCAUUUAUUCUGUACAUGAACAGAACAGGACCAGGAACAUCAUCCUGUAUUAAUCCUGAACCUGCUCUGGCAUUCUGGUGAAAGUAACUGUUAGGCAAAAGUUACCUUGCUCUUCUCUAAUUGUAGUUGUAAUGUGAGUGAUGAGAGAUCUAGUUGUAGUGUAAGUAAUGAUUUUCUUUGAGCUCAGUGAACAGAACAGAUAGAGAAUUUUGUCCUUUUUUUUACACAUUUUAAAAUAUUGUUGGUACAAAAUGGUGACAGGAUUCUGUCCCAGACGUGGCUUCCUGUCAGCAUGGGGUGAGUAAGAGAACUAAUUUUUAAUUAUGGCAGUUGGUUCUCCACCGCAUCCAUUGCACCAGUGUAAUUUCUCUGCCUCAGUCUGAUAACAGGCAGUAUGGAUCUGCAACAUGCAGCUUUUCGAUCUCUGUGAAAGCUGUGAGAAAAGUAAGAAAUUUCUUGUUUCCUCUGGGGACAAAUCUUCUGAGAGGUUCAGAGGGAAUGUGCACAAUUACUGUUGGCACUGUAGCUUAGUCCUCUAGUCAAGAAUGAAGCUUAAAAAAAUAAAUACAAAAAAUCAGGGUCUAAACGUAGAAGCUUUCAGCUAGUGUUCCUGGGAGUAGGGAGUGACUUCAGCUCAGAACAAGUGACAUGGUGCUGUACCUGUGCUUUUGAAGAGGUAAAUUUGUUAUACAUGCACCCCUCCAGAGCUUUAGCACUGGUAAACAGGCUCUGUGUUGUGUUUAAAAGUGCAUCUGGAGUCCACUUUGGUUUCUGGAUUAAAUCGUAUAAUCUGAGAGAAAACAGAUGGUGAUAUACUCGUCUUUGUUUCUUUCAUAUUUGUUAUUUUUAAUUUAUUUAGUU